AUGGUCCUGGGCGAAACAGGGAACUUUCUGGCGUACGCGUAUGCUCCUGCUACCCUCGUUGCUCCCCUCGGUGCCGUCACGGUGAUCAGCAAUAGCAUCCUCGCUCACUACGUGCUCAAGGAGGACUUGAGGCCGAGGAACGUCGCCGGCGUCGUCCUCGCAAUCCUCGGCGCUGUCCUCAUCGUCGUGUAUGCACCAGACUCGCAGAAGCAGUUGACCAUGGAGCUGCUGGAGCAGUACAUGAGCGAGACCUCCUUCAUCAUCUUCAUCAUCUUCAUCCUCCUCACCAUCACAGGGCUUCACGCGCUGGGGGAGCAGUACAAGAAGCGGUAUGUGGUGCUGUACCUGCUCAUGUGCUCCCUGUACGGAUCGCUCACGGUCAUGUGCGUCAAGGGAGUUUCAACUGCCUUCAUUCUCACCAUGUCGGGGCACAACGCUUUCAAUCACCUGCUGCCUUGGGUCCUGGUGAUCACCAUGAUCGUCACCACCAUCACUCAGAUCCGCAUCCUCAACCUUGCCAUGAUCAACUUCGGUGCUUCGGAGGUGGUCCCGGUCUACUACGUCCUCUUCACCUUCUGCUCGGUGCGUUGGUUGCAGACAGAGAUAGGAGAGAAGAGGAGGGUUAACGACGAGGAGAGUAGAACCAGGAACGGAUAUGGAGGGAGAAAGGGGAAAGCAGAUGGAGAAGGAAGAGGAGGGAGAGGGAUGAAAGAAUUGAAAUGA